AGAGCCUCGGACUCGCUGGCCCUGGGUCGUGAGUCGGCGCCUCCCCCCGCGCAGCCAUCUGAUGACGAGUGUCUGUUCCAGAAUGGGAGAGAAGUACGUGUUCACGAGCUGCUGCUGCGGGUGCUCCCUGCGGACGGGCGCCCUCGCCAUCGCCAUCGUCAGUCUGGUACUGUCUACCGUGGGUGCAGCUUAUGGCGCCUACGUGGGGGCAAACGGAGAGAGCGAGGGCUGGGUCGACUUCUUCAUCGACGUGGUCAACAUCAUCCUGGCGGCCAUCCUCAUCCACGGCAUUCGCACGGAGAGAAGGGAGCUCGUCCUGGCGUGGGUAUGGGGCACGGCCGUCAUGGUUUGCAUCACCAUCAUCGUGGGUAUCGUGAUCCUCGUCCUCACGCCCACCGUCCUGGGCGCCGUGAUCCUGCUGGUGGCAGCGCUGGUGCAGAUCUACUUCAUCCUGGUCGUCAGGUCCUACGCCUUCACGCUUGGAGGCCCCGUCCUGCCGUCGUAAGAUGCGCACCGACGUAGAGGAGACGCAGAUGAGGAGAGAAGCAGACGAACAGCUGCAUGAACGAGUGCAAGUGCGUAGAAGUGCGAAUAGGCUAAUGUAAGAUGUAUAUGCAUGUGUGGUGGAUAUCUA